AUGCCGCGCGACGACGGCGUGGACGACGGCACCGCAUCGGCGGUCGCGGCGACGACGCCGCGCGUGCUGUGGUCGCAGCGACGCGGGAGCGUGACGGUGAAGUUUGACGCGCGCGACGCGCGAGCGGUGGAGGUGGAGGUGAUCGACGCCGAUCGCGAGGAGAAGAGCUCGACGGUGCGCGUGCGGUACGUCGCGGAUGACGUCGUGGACGCGGAUCGGGAGAAUGGGGCGCGCGAUGGCGUGGAGACGAUGGACGAGAGGGGGGGGCGCGCGGCGCGGGCGUACGCGUGCGCGCUCGAACUCUUCGGUUCGGUCGGCGCGUCGGCGCGCGCGGAGAUCAAGCGCACGUCGCGGGCGAUCACGGUGACGUUUCCAAAGACCACGGUCGCCGGUCACUGGCCGCGUUUACUUUUGAGUAAGGAAAAGUUUCGCCACGUCGGCACCGAUUUCGACCUGUGGCUCGACGAGGACGACGAGCUCGCCGCGGACGCCGCGUUCAAAUUCGACUUGAACUCGCUCGAGAAAAUCUCAAACUACGAGGACAAGGCGUAUUAUUUUCCCGAUGUCGACGAUUCCGACGACGACAUGCCGGACAUGACGGACGUGUACGACCACUAG